GGAAGUGUGUCCACGAUGCGCCCGUACAAAUGUUCAGACUGUUGCAGUAUAAAAUACUUAGUGUCCGUGAGUAGAAAACCGUUUAAGACUGGAUCCGACAACGGCAAUAGUUCAAAAAUGGGUACGGAGCAGGAGGUCCACAACAUCCCAGUUUCCCUCGUGGGGGAGAUCAACAGCAGCAACCACGACGCCCUGGUGGUGGUCACCGUGCCCGGGACCCCUCCUCCUCAAGCCUUAGAGGACUUUAUAGCGGCGGCCGUGCAGACCGACAAGGGAUUGGAAAAGAAACCGGGCGUGCUGCACUGCGCUCGAGUGUCCGGCAACAGACUUGUUCUCUCGCCCACUGGACCCCUCACACCGUACGAUGAUGUCAGGUCUGUCUACGAGGCCGCUUUAGCUGGGGUGCGGCGCGCGGCAGAAGCCGGUGCGAGCCGGCCCGUGGUGGCCCUGCCGGCGGCCGCCGCCUGGCCCAGGGCUCCACUUGUGGCCUUGCUCGGAGCCCUGGAGGCGCUCUACGUGCCCAUCCAAAUCCGCGAGACAUUCCCGUCUCAAGCGCACUCGAUCAAGUCGCUCGGUGUGUACGGCGAGGGUGUUGCCAACAUUAACAACGUGAUACGCGACGCCUGCGCUUUAGAGGCGGCCAGAGGCGUGUCCCGCGACAUCGGCGGCGCGGACCCGGAGCGCAUGACGCCGCGGCGCGUCGCCGAGUACCUGCGCGGCGCCUUCGGGCCCGGCGUGCGCGUGCGCGUCGAGGACGACCCCGACAAGCUGGCCAAGAACUACCCGCUGUUCGAGGCCGUCAAUAGGGCUGCCAACCAAGUUCCGAGGCAUAGAGGUUGUGUAAUCUUCUUGGACUACGAACCGGAGAGCUACGAGGAGACCGUGAUGUUGGUCGGCAAGGGCGUGACCUACGACACUGGCGGCUGCGACAUCAAGGCGGGGGGUGUGAUGGCGGGCAUGUCGCGCGACAAGUGCGGCGCGGCCGCCGUCGCGGGCUUCCUCAAGGCUUGUGAACUCAUGAAACCCAGCGUCCGCGUAUCAGCGGCGCUCUGCAUGGUGCGCAACUCGGUGGGCUCGGAGGCCUACGUGGCGGACGAGCUGAUCCGGUGCCGGCGCGGCCUCGCCGUGCGCGUCGGCAACACCGACGCCGAGGGGCGGAUGGUCAUGGCGGACGUGCUCGAUGAGAUGCGCGAACGCGCAGAGUCAGCGCGGCGGCCGCACUUGUACACGGUGGCCACACUGACGGGCCACGCCGUGCGCGCCGUCGGGCCCGCCUACACCAUCGUCAUGGACAACCACGCCGCCAGAGCUAAAGGUCACGCGGAAGCGUUCCGGGCGUCAGGCGAGAGCAUCGGCGACAUGGUGGAGGUGUCGACCAUCCGGCGCGAGGACCUGGCCUUCCACCGCGGCCUGUGCCCCGGCGACCACGUGCACCAGGCCAACAACCAGCCCUCCACGCAGACCAACCGCGGCCACCAGGGCCCGGCCGGCUUCCUGCUGCUGGUGUCGGGGCUGGAGGCCGGCGCGGUGCCGUACUCGCACGUGGACGUGGCGGGCGCGGCCGGCUCGCUGCCCGCGCCGCCCACGGCCGCGCCGCUGCUCGCGCUCGCCGCGCACUACAAGCUGCUCAGCUGCUAAACUCACCCUGCCCGCGUGGGCCAUACUGAACAUUCCUGGAUUCUGAUAUAUGAGGAAACUUAUUUUUUCUAAGUGGCCGGUCCGGGAAUUUUCAGUAUGCCCUAAUUAUUAAUAGGGCCAGUUGCACCGACCGCACCGCGAUGAAAUGUCGAUGCUUUCUAUAGGAGAGCAGAUUUUUUGCCAUUUCAAGGUUGUUUCGAACGCACGACAUUGCAAAAUUUGACUAAGGGUUCACCCUAUAUAGGCUAUAUAACAAAGAAAUAACAGAAUAUAGAGUUAGUGCAAAAGUUGUAACAUAAGACACUAUAAAUUUAUUUAUCCGAGCAAAUUUUGAAACGCGUUGGCGUAACUGUAGUGUAAACUUUUAAAAUUACCUACGUUUUACAUAAAAUAAAAAUACAGUUGUCCAGUGUGUAGGUACACCUUGUAUAAGAUGUCAGUUUUUUACAAACACUACGAACUAAUGCAUAAUAAAGCAUAAUAUUGUUAAGAAGUACAAUAUAUCAUAAUAAUGUUCAUGUAUCUAUACCUUUUUUAUCUUUUAAUAAAAUUAUACAUUUUAAA